AUGUCGAUCAAGUUGAGUGAGUUAGUGUUUAAUAUUGUUUCGGACAUCUACAGUUCGCCGAGUGAGAAAGACAUGCAGAUGAUAGCAAAUGUAGUUGAGAAGAUUGAGUCUGCUGAUGUCGCCUUUCGCUCACAAGUUGAGGAGCGGAUGGAGAAGUUUAUGAACAAGAAAAUCACUUCUCAGGAGAUGAUGAACACAUUGGUCCUCACAAAUUAUGUCGUCCAAUACUCGCAAGUCUUCAGAACACAAGCCUGUGAGUUAUCCUUUGUGAAACUUCUUCAACAGAUUGGAAAGAUGAAAAAGAGGUAUGACCAAGCCGAAGAACUUGAGUUGAAAGUCAGAGAGUUAAUAGCAGUAUGGGGGUCCUUUUACCCCAAUGAAAUGAAUGAGUACGCCGUCUUGUAUAAAAAGUACUGUUCACUUCAUGUGAUUAACUCACUGAACCAACCAACGACUUUCUUACCACCAGAGAUCACUAAAUUGAUUCCUCACGUCGAACACAAUUUAAGAAACAUUACUAAGGCUCUUGAAAACGGUGCCGGUGAUUUACAAGCAAUUCACAACAGAGCAGAUAAAAUCAGAGUAAAGUUCCAAAAACAACUGGAGAAGUGCGUCAAGUUGUCUUCACGGUACGAUGAGACUGAGAUGAAAAAUGCCAUUUCGAUUGGAAAUCGGUUAUCUGAAUAUAUCAAGAGCUUAGACGAGGAGAUCCAAAGCAUUUCAAUGUCAAUGAAGAGCAAAGCAGUCUAUGGGUCGGUCCAAGAAAACAAAAUCAUUCGCCCACAACCAGUUAAAAUUUCAUUGACUUUACUGCCACCACCUAGCCCAUCACCAAAGGCCAGAAACCUUGUCAGAAGAAAAUGUGACAUGUCGCCUUGCUCAUUGACAUCUGCAGAGAACUCAUUUGAAGAUUUGUUAUCCCCUUCGCCCACGAUAACACCCACAUUUAACGACGAAGUGAGAGACGUUAAGGAUAACCAGAACGUCUUUGUCUUCGAUGAAGAAAUUGUCUCAGAGAAAGAAAAGCCCGGCCCCGUCAUGUCGUAUCUUUGA